AUGGGAACUUUCCUAUCACCUACAAUUACAGGUUGUGAUUCGUCUCUUCUAGAUGAUUGUCGAGCACAAUUGAUCAACUUAUAUGAUCAUCCAGAACAAUAUUCCAAAAAGUUGAAAAAUUCCAUUGUAGAAGCUGGACUAACUGGUGAAUUAGUACAACCAGCAAUUAUAAGGCGAGCUCAAAACACUCUUGCAGAUGCUCUAUUUGAACGAUUCCUAUUUUGGGUAUUAUCUGGUGAUACAAUAGAUACGAAAAUUAAUCCACCCGAAUGGGAUUCUUCCUGA